UGGCCUCCCGGCUCCCGGCCUCUGCAGCUCCAGUGGUUCCGGACUCACUGGCCCUGCUCGACUCCCAUCAGCCGAUCCCGGAGCUAGUGAUCGCCGCGCCGCCCUCUCCCGCCCUGCCCCUGGGGCCCCUGGCGGAGUGAGCCCCAUCCCUUCCCGCCGCGGCUGGGGACCAGCCGCCGGUCCUUCUGCCAGACAGUCCUUCCGCUGAGCCCCAGUCCAGACGCCCCGGGAAGGGCGCUCCCGGAGCCCCCACCGCGCAGUCCGAGCCCGUCCGGCCGCCAUGCCCUUCGUGGAACUGGACACCAGCCUGCCCGCCGCCCGGCUGCCCAGCGGCCUGAGCCAGCGCCUGUGCGCCGCGACCGCGGCCGUGCUGGGCAAGCCCCAGGACAGAGUGAAUGUGACUGUGAGGCCAGACCUCACCAUGAUCCUCAGCGGUUCGGGCGACCCCUGUGCCCAGCUCAUCAUCUCCUCCAUUGGUGUGGUUGGCACAGCGGAGGAGAACCGAGACCACAGCGCCAAGUUCUUUGAGUUCCUCACCAAGGAGCUGAGCCUGAGUGAGGACCGAAUUAACAUUCGGUUCUACCCCCUGGAGCCUUGGCAAAUUGGCAAGAAGGGCACAGUGAUGACGUUUCUGUGAGCAGCCCAGAGACGGUGCUGAUGGACCAGCGAGUCUCUGCCCGCCCCCGCAGAAGCCUAGGAUUCUCUUUAGGGCAAGCAGAAUAAAACGGAGCCCUGUGUUUGGUUGA